UGUGCUUGUGUUGGAACAGGCACUGUGGAGGUGUAAUCACACAAGGGAGACUCUCCACCUCUCUGCAGGACCCGAAGAAAAGAACUUGACGCUGCUGUCUGGCACAACGCGGGUGUUUAACUCUGAAAGUCAAGAUGCCUGAAACUGCAGAAGCCGUGUCAGCCACCCUCACCACCAACAGAAACUGCACUAUAGAAAUCACCAAUGUCAGCGGCAGCUACUGCCUCAUCAACCCCAAGGUGCACAUGACAAGUGGCUUCUGUUUCCACCCGCCCCAACCCACGGUUCGCACCAGCAAGACUGAAGUGUGUUCCUUCACCAAGGACGACAACACCGCCACGGGCGCCGUCGGCCUGCUGACCUACGACUUGUUCCACAUGCAGAGCAGGGUGUGCUCCGAGCGCAUGGCCAUCAUGUUUUCCGUGCCCUUUGACCGUAACUUGUACAACAACCGCCUGGCCGUGGGCGUGGUCGAGCAGUCCCGUGCCUGCGACAAACAUCUGUACGACCAGCUGUACGACGGGAAGGAUCUCAGCAACUCAUCCCGCGCUGACUCGACCGGCUCCGGGCUUGAACACAAAGCGAGAUCGGUCGAUUUGAGGGCCACAAUGUCUACGGUUGGCAAAGCCAUUGUGAAAGUGGAGCUCUACGAUAAAAUGGGUCAUUAGUGUGCUGUCUACUGGGGUUCCUUUUUUUGUACUUGUUCUUGCAGAAUGAAUAAACUUAAUUUAAUUUGACUACUGUUGUCCCCCUGGAAAAAAAAAAAAAAAAAAACAUUCAGGAGAGGAAGACUGAUUUUGCUGUCAUCUGCAUUUUGUGUCUGCUGAAAGAUAUCAAUAUCUGACAGCCAGCUCAUUGAUUCCCCAUUAGCUUAUUCCUUGGGCUCAUGCGCAUUGUACACUCCCUUUUCUUUGAUUAUGGUAAUAAAACAUUCAGACCCAG